GAAAUACAGUCAGUAUGUCUGCUGCGCUGUUGCCUAAGCCCCAGAUGCGCCGCCUUUUGGCCAGGCGGAUGAAGUUUCACCUCUUCGGGGCAUUUUUGGUGUCCUUAGGAUGUGCGGCAUUGUACAAGUUUGGAGUUGCUGAACCCAGAAAAAGAGCUUAUGCAGAGUUCUAUAAAAACUACGAUCCCAUGAAGGACUUUGAAGUCAUGAGAGCAGCUGGUGUGUUUGAGUCUGCACCGCCCAAAUGAUGGUAACCUGCAUUUCCAGGAAAAACCGUCUUGAUUCCAACCUUGUCAUAGUUAUUAACAAGCACGCAGCCAACUGCGCAGGCUCAUGAUGUGACAACUCAAUGAAGAAUUCCUCCCCCCUUCUUUGUCGAGAUUUCUUACGCUGAGUUCUCUGCUUCUCUUAAAAUGACUUCAGACUAAUCUAGGAUGAUAGCUUUUUCAUGCUUUUGGAAUGUUUUCAUAUUGUGAUCAUUAUGUGAUAAUCUGUGGCUCUAAUUAUCCUGUCCAGCUGGAUUUUCUCAACCUGUUUGCUUGAAGCAGCAAGAUUGAAUAAAACAUUUGUACUUAACACUA